AUGUUCACGUCACACCUCUUCUUCCGGUUUUUAGUGGCAAAGAUCACUGGCUUUUCUCUCUCUCUCUCUCUCUCUCUCUCUCUCUCUCUCUCUCUCUCUCUCUCUCUCUCACACGCACACACUCUCUAUAAAUUAAUGUCCUUUCUGAUUAUUUUCAUAUCUAUCUAUCUAUCUAUCUACCUAUCUAUCUAUCUAUCUAUCUGUCUGUCUGUCUGUCUUGUUCUCUAUCUGUCUGUCUGUCUUGUUCUGUUCUGUUCAUAUCUAUCUAUCUAUCUAUCUAUCUAUCUAUCUAUCUAUCUAUCUACCUAUCUAUCUAUCUAUCUAUCUAUCUGUCUGUCUGUCUGUCUUGUUCUCUAUCUGUCUGUCUGUCUUGUUCUGUUCUGUUCAUAUCAUAUCUAUCUAUCUAUCUAUCUAUCUAUCUAUCUAUCUAUCUAUCUAUCUGUCUGUCUGUCUAGUUUGUUCAUAUCUGUCCAUUUAUUUAUCUAUCUAUCUAUUGUUCUAUCUAUCUAUCUAUCUAUCUGUCUUGUUCUGUUCUGUUUGUUCAUAUCUAUCUAUCUAUCUUAUCUAUCUAUCUAUACUAGUUUAACACCGUUAAACGCAACCUCUAUACAAACUAAAUUUUUACCAAAGAACACCGAUAAACUAUCUAUCUAUAAAUCUAUCUAUCUAUCUAUCUAUUUAUCUAUCUAUACUAGUUUGUUCAUAUCUAUCUAUCUCCCUCCCCCCUCUCUCUCUCAGACAAACUGA